AUGACCAUUUGUUCUACAUGUAACGUGGAGGUUUCACCUCAGGACAGAACGAACCAUGUUCGAAGUGAUUGGCACGUGUAUAAUCUUAAGCGAGUUGUUGCUAGUCUUCCUCCAAUACCGGAAGACAUAUUCCUCCUGAAGAAACAAGCCUUCUGUGAACCAGCUCCACAGGCUGAAAAAGUAUGUCUGUCUUCCAGUCUAAUCAUUCUUUUUCAGAAAACCUAUUGCGAUGCAUGCAAAACUUUGUUUCAUAACAAUCGCUCCUUUGACGCUCAUUUGAAAUCAAAGAAACACUUGCGCAAUAGUGAAUUGCUACAGCGAAACGGAUCAAAAGUGGUAGCAGUCGCUUCAGGACCAGGUGCAAAUGAUGUUCCUCAAGAGGAACUCUCGGAUUCGGAAGGACAAAUGACUCAACCCCAAGCGCUAGCUCUCGGCUCCUGCCUGUUCUGUGAUAAAUUCUUUCCACGUCGGUCUGUUUCGGGGUCUUCGGAUGAAGAUAACCGUUCACUUGCCACGCGCGUAUUGGGACACAUGUUGGACGCCCAUAACUUUAUUGUGCCUCAUCCGGAAAAAUUGGUCGAUCCAGCGGGACUUUUGCAAGAACUAGGUCGGAUUGUAGGCGAGGAGCGUGCUUGCAUUUAUUGCGGACGUCAGUUUUACGGUCGCAAAGGUGAUACUUCACUAAACUCGGACACUCGUGUAGCCUUGAAAGCUGUUCGUAACCACAUGUUAGAUAAACCUGGACAUAUUCAACUGUGGUGCGGUGAAAGUGAUCCGGUUCAAGUUGCGCUGUUGAUUGCAGAGAGUGAGGAGCAAAACUCAGAAGUUCCACCAUCGGCGGCUCUGGCUGGGGGCGAACUGUUCAGUCGCUUUUACGAUCAGUCAAUUGUGGCUCCAACAUUCUUACUGCCCGAUGCAGAGCAAGACGUGUACGAAGUCCGACUUCCUUCUGGUACUGUGCUCGGUCAUCGCAGCAUGCGCACUGUCUAUCGUCAACACCUCUCCACUCCCGCUACCGAUGUCACCCAAAUCAACCGUUAUGCUUUGAACAGCUCCAAUCAAACCUCCUCAGCAGUUUCAACAUCUCAUAUCGGACCGUUGGUUGUAGCCAGUCGGUCCCAACUGACAACUGUUGAGCGCGUCAGUGAUCGUCACUCGGCAGAGGCCCGUAAAGCUUGGGAACUAGCCACUGGAAUGCAGGGAAAUUUGGUAAACCGCUCUCGGUUGAGACGUCAGUAUUGA